AUGUCGAAGCCGAAACAAAAGGAGCCAUUCUGGCUUGGCGGCGCCGCGGCCUGCAUGGCUGUAUGCUUUACACACCCUCUUGACCAAACAAAAUAUCGAAUGCAGGUUCUCAAGUCAAAAUCAUCCAUGGUCAGCACCAUGUACCGCUUUGCUUCACGCGACGGCAUCGCCUCGCUCUGGGCUGGUCUCUCCGCGUCCCUCCUUCGCCAAAGCACAUAUUCCACCGCCCGCUUCGGCUUCCACAAUUAUCUAUCAAGUCUGGCACUCCGAAAAUCUGGCAAAGAGAAACUCCCAGCGUCGUGGAACGUUGCUUGCGCCGGUGUCUCUGGAGGCGUUGCUGGUCUGAUAGGCAAUCCAACAGAGGUUGCCCUGGUACGAAUGUGUGCAGACGGCGCCAAGAAACCUAGCGAGCGAUUCAAUUACAGUAAUUCCAUACAAGCGCUCUUCCGAGUCUGCAAAGAGGAGGGCUUCAGCGCAUUCACAAAGGGCUUGAUGCCGAAUGUCGUGCGGAGCGUCUUGAUGAAUAUAUCACAAAUAGCAACAUACGCGUCGGCUAAACAAUGGGUCUUAGCAUCAGUGCGCUCGAAUGACGACAUUACUACACACUCGAUUGCAUCAUUUAUUGCCGGCACAGUUGCAACAACAUUAUGCGCACCAGCAGAUAUCAUCAAGAGCCGAAUGCAAGCUACGGCUGGAAAAGAGGGCAUUGUACAAGUUGUCCGCCAAGGUAUUCAGCACGAAGGCCCUCUUUUCUUAAUGAAAGGCUGGACGCCUGCAUUUAUACGUAUAACACCACACACGAUUUUGACAUUUGUAUUCAUGGAGCAAUUAAAAAAAGUAGUACAGUUCUCCGUAACACCCACGGUUCCAGCCACCGUAAAGCUAUAA